ACAUAUUAAUACAAUAUUUAUUACAUUUUGGAUUCAAGUUUAAAAUUAAUUAUUCAAGAUGCCUGACUAUUUGGGUGAUGAAAUGAGAAAAGUGAAGAAAGAUGAACCCGAAAAAGAUGAAAAAGAAAAAGAAAUUAAAUCUUUGGAUGAAGAGGACAUAGCAUUGCUUAAAACAUAUGGCCAAGGUCAAUGGACAAUUAAUGUAAAGGCCGUAGAAGAUGAUAUCCAAGGUGUCAUUAAACGUAUUAACGAAUUAACUGGAAUUAAAGAAUCGGAUACAGGAUUAGCUCCUCCCGCAUUUUGGGAUUUAACUGCUGACAAACAGACUCUUCAAAAUGAACAACCAUUACAGGUUGCCAGAUGUACAAAAAUUAUUAAUGCUGAUUCAGACGAUCCUAAAUAUAUAAUUAAUGUCAAACAAUUUGCCAAGUUUGUUGUUGAUCUCGCAGAUUCUGUAGCACCAACUGAUAUUGAAGAAGGAAUGCGUGUUGGAGUUGACCGUAAUAAAUAUCAAAUUCAUAUUCCACUUCCACCUAAAAUUGAUCCUACUGUUACCAUGAUGCAAGUAGAAGAAAAGCCAGAUGUUACAUAUUCAGAUGUUGGUGGAUGUAAAGAACAGAUAGAUAAAUUACGAGAAGUUGUUGAAACUCCAUUAUUGCAUCCCGAAAAAUUUGUGAAUUUGGGAAUUGAACCACCAAAAGGUGUUUUGUUGUUUGGACCUCCAGGAACCGGUAAAACUUUAUGUGCUAGAGCAGUUGCUAAUCGUACAGAUGCUUGUUUCAUUCGAGUAAUUGGUUCUGAGCUUGUUCAAAAAUAUGUUGGAGAGGGAGCACGUAUGGUUCGUGAAUUAUUUGAAAUGGCACGCAGUAAGAAAGCUUGCUUGAUAUUCUUUGAUGAAAUUGAUGCUAUUGGUGGUGCACGUUUUGAUGAUGGCGCUGGUGGCGAUAACGAAGUACAAAGAACCAUGUUGGAGCUUAUUAAUCAGUUGGAUGGAUUUGAUCCCAGAGGAAACAUUAAAGUCUUAAUGGCAACUAAUAGACCAGAUACGUUAGACCCAGCAUUGAUGCGUCCAGGACGUCUUGAUAGAAAAGUUGAAUUUGGUUUACCUGAUUUAGAAGGUCGAACUCAUAUUUUCAAUAUACAUGCUAGAGCUAUGAGUGUCGAACGAGAUAUUCGUUUUGAAUUGUUGGCUAGACUUUGUCCCAAUAGCACUGGAGCUGAGAUAAGAUCUGUGUGUACUGAAGCUGGUAUGUUUGCAAUUAGAGCUCGCCGAAAAGUUGCUACUGAAAAAGAUUUCCUGGAAGCUGUAAAUAAGGUCAUCAAAUCAUAUGCCAAGUUCUCUUCUACUCCACGUUAUAUGACAUAUAACUAAUGUAAUAUUAAUUAAUUUUUAAAAUUGGUUUGUACUCAAUUUUAAAUUAUUUAAAUGUCUACUUGAAAGAUA